GCGGUACCGAAAUGUAGGGGGGAUAAGAACGAUUAAAAAUUUGGAUUCGAUUCGAUUCGAUUCGAUUCGAUUCAUUUUUUCCAACUUAUUUCGGUGCUCUUCAUUUCGCUCUGAACUGGCGUCCAACCAACUUCAAAACUGAAGUGGAAGAGCCUCUUGCUCUUAUCGAGUAUUCACGCUCUAAUUUGCUAUAGGUAGUUAUAAAUCUGACAGGCUUUCAUCGUCUUUGCCUUGGCCAUGCAACGGCGGUCCUUCAGCGAAGGCAGCAGGAAAUCCUCGAUUAGUACAAGGCCACUCGUUCCCCAGUCAAGCGUCAAUACCCCCAAAGGCAGCAACAAGAAACGAAACCAUGCCCACGGCAGCUUCUUUUCCCCUUCCACCAUCUUUGCAGGGUGCACGAUUGCUGCUCUUCUGUUUCUCAUCAUCGAAACCAGACUCUAUGCCUCCACAGUUCAAGAGGGAGAACCCAAACUGUUUGCAAGCCACCUGCCUCUUCCCACAAAAUCAUUACCCGAUGACAAGCCUCGUAUCCCCUCGGAAAUUGAGCCGCCAAGAGUGAUAAGAGCUCCCUAUGGCAACACACCAGAAAAAUUCCCUCCCAGAGUUGUUGACUACGAUGUACCUCCCAGGAUGGAAUUGAGGCGGACCAAGUUAAUACUGCUAGACAACCAAGAGGAUACAGGAGAAACCAUUUUGGGAAAAUUAUCUUUAAAAGAUCGUCAAAUUCAAAACCAGGUUAGGAACACGACAAAUACUACUCAAGACGAUGAGGAUGGCGGCGUAGAAGACAAAGACGCCGUGGAAUCAGAUGGAAUCUCAAAAACAACUGAAGAAACGGGUACACAAGAGUGCGUACCCAUGGCUGAAUGGCAGAAAUCUCUCCCGGUUAACUGCAACGCUAUGCAUGAACUGGACAUGCUAGCAUCCAUUAUCAAUGCCCAGGGAAAUAGCAAUGGAAAGAAGCAUAGGCUUACCACAAACGUUACUCAACAAGAUCCCAACACAUCAAACAAUAUACCUGUCUUCAGUCGCAGUCUUGGCCAUGGGGCAAUCAGAAACCAGACUUGGAAUGAAUCUCAACUGAAGUUCCUUGGACAGGGCUGGUUUCGGGCUGCCUGGAAACUUGAUCGUCAACUGCCUGAGCAAUUUCAGGACGAGAAGGAUUCUUUGGGUGAAACACUUGUGUUGAAGAUGCUUCGGCCUGAGCGGGACUUCACGGCCGAAUUCUAUGAAUUGCAUAGAAUUGAUGCCGUUGCAAUGGAGAGGCUCAGCCAUUCGAAAUUCGUGCUAGACGUGUACGGAUACUGUGGCCAAUCUGCACUCAACGAAUAUGCCAAUUUCCGCAUUCCUGAACUGAGUAGUUUGGAGAAAUUUGACCGCCAGCUCAGAGGGAAAAACUUCCCGCGGAUCAACCAAAUGAAAUUGAAACUGGCUAUUGGUGUGGCGACAGGAGUGGCUCAUUUGCAUGAGGUGCCUGCCGACUUGGUUACAUCGGACGGUAAUCAUGCAACCAUGGCGCACUAUGACAUCAAUCCAAGGAAUGUAGCAAUUGUGAAAGGAGGCAUGCCAAAGCUCAACGACUUCAAUGUGGCUCACUUUUUGAAAUGGAAUGUCCGCACCAACCAAACAUGUGGCUUUGAAAGUAGGCUCCAUGAGCCUUGGUGGAGAGCUCCUGAGGAGGUCUCAUUGAACGCUACUCAGACUCUGACUGAAGCUGUCGACGUUUGGUCGCUGGGAAAUCUUCUGUUUCAUAUCCUUACCACACACUCACCUCGUGGCAAGAUGAAGCCAUAUCGUAUGGAAGCAGUGAGACAGGAUGUCUUGCAAGGAAUUCCACCUGCAUUGCCAAAGGAGUUUGCAACGUCCAAGGACCCGGCGGUUGCAGCCUUCCGCAAAGCAAUGGAAAUGUGCUUCAAGAAGGAUCCCAAAGAAAGGUCAUCGUCCAGGGAGGUUUCAAAUACGCUAUUGGAAGCUUACCACUACUUACAGACAGACACAGAAGUAAAGAAGAACAAGAAGAAACAUGUGAUAUAGAACGACGUCUACACAUUGACGGUAUACCAAGAGGAAGUCUUUUGGCUAUGAAUUACUGAACACCAGGAAAUAAAAAUAUUUUGUUUGCGUGGACUUUGUUUACCAACCGAAGUGACGACGACAAUCAGCAAGUGUUACAAGUCUCCUUGCAGAGAUCUGCGACAACAACAUCCGAACAAAGCUCCGCGUGCCACCCUGGCCGAGCUGCAAGCCACGAGCAGUCACGCGACGCGCUCAGUCGGUCCACGUGAAAAGUUUCGGCACUGUCGUCGCAGUUGUCACGGCAAGCCCCACAAGUUUCGGCACAAAUCCGUUUGGGGGCUUCCUGUCGACAAAGAUGGUAUCUCCACACAGGGUUGCUUGUGCCAGCAAGCCAGGCACAGUUCUUCCACCCUUGGACAUGGUUGGCGUAGAAGGUUGUAUUCACGUCGUCUUCGCAGAGGUGGUUCGGAGAUAUCUCGAGAUGGGGACAGCUAUUGCAAGUCUCUCCACACGCUCCUCUGGCUGGAUGAUCUGCAUCGGCGUCGCAGAGCAGCGUUUGCCAGGCUGGCCUCACGCUAAGCCAUCUACAGUUCUGUGUUCCCCUGAUUCUGUUGACGAAGAAAUUUGCUUGGUAGUCGUCUUCGCAGUUAUCGUGGCACUUGCGGCAUGUAUCCGGGCAGAUGCUAUAUGCCGGGUGACCCUCGCGACAGAUUUGAUUCUGGACAGGCCUAUUGUGGCUGAGCCACAAACAAUUUACAUUGCCAUAUCCCACAACAUCAAACCAUGCAUCCUGUGAAUCUUCGCAAUAGGUUGUUGGCCUCGAUGAUGGGCUGACACUGGGAAAUAGUGAAGGGGCAGUGGAAGGUGGUUGUCCGUCCUGGGGGCAGGCACUUUGUUGGCGCCCGUCGUCGAUGUGUAUUGAUAUAUCUGCAGAAUCCUUGUCCCCAUAUUCCUGUGAGCACACUUCUAUGAUCAGGUCGAAGUUGCUAUUCGCAAAAUUGAAAAUGCGUUGCUGGAUUGCAGGCUCUGGAAUGUAUCUUUGCUCUGCUGUGUCGAUUGCGAUCCCUCCGACACCAUCAGCUGGCACGACGUAGCUUCCGACGGCGCCAACGCGAUAGCCGGAAAAUCCUUGGACUGUGACAAUGAGAUUCGCAAAGCUUUUUGUCUCGCUGUGGAAUCCUUUGGCACGGUUAAAGUGAAUAUAGUGCGGAUUUGGAUUGUUCCUCCCGUCGAGGGCGCCAUCGAUUCGUAUGACAACGACCUCAUCGACGUCUGCCUUGUUGUAGUCCGGGAAUGCAACCAAGGUCCCUCCCCAAGCCCGCUGUUGUUCCAAAACAUUGAUGGCAACAGCGCGAUCUGAAUACCAACCCAACAAGUAGUUCUUUUCGGCAUUGAAGCAUCGACGGGGUCCUCCGAUUUGGGGGUACCCUAGGCCCAUCGUCCCUGAACGGUCGCCGUAUUGCCCACCAUAGUUUGAAUGCCCCAGUCCAAAGUUGUGUCCAAGCUCAUGGGAUACAACGCUAACAUAGAGGCAAUUGUUGUCGUUGUAGAAUGAAAGACCUGCA